AUGUGUCUCGAGCUAUGCAAUUCGGGCUGCAUACGAGACCUUGCGACUACAAACCAUCAAGCUCAUCGCAAUGCCGCUUUGAUCGCUAUCAUUUUCAAUUCGCGAACUAUCAUGGCUUCUUUAUGGCCUCGUCGAUUACGCGACAAGAUCUGGCCGGAACCUUUGCCUCCACUCGGAAGCUUCAAUGGAAAAACUGUCCUCGUCACUGGCGCGACCGCAGGCCUCGGUUUAGCUGCGGCUAUCCAUUUCGUCAGGUUCGGCGCCGUGGUGAUCAUCACAUCGCGAAGCAAAGAACAGGGACAGACUGCGAAAAAUACCAUCGAAACCCUGACCGGGACUAUCGGUCAAGGAAAGGUACAUAUUAUGCAGCUUGAUAUGAACACUUAUCGUUCAUGUGUAGACUUUGUCGAAGAAUUGAAGAAGAGCAAAGUGUGCCGUGCCGGUCUGGAUGUUGCGGUGCUCAAUGCAGGACUCAUCAACAUUGACUUUCAAAAAAGUCCCCAAGGAUGGGAACAAACUAUCCAGAUCAAUACCCUGAGCACUACGUUGCUUGGAUUACUCUUGUUAGACUGGAUGACAAUUGGCGAGCGCAGUGAUGCAUUGGCCCGACACUUAGUUUUUGUAACAUCUCGGGACCAUUUACUUCCAGAUAUCAGCAAUUGGGAAGGGUACUCUGUCGAUGGCGGAAUUCUCGAACACUUCAACAACGAGAGCCACUGGCCUCAGGGUUCAUUGGAUCCAAACUAUUGCGAGAGUAAGCUGAUGGUAACAUAUGCGAUCGAGAAAAUGUGUGAAAAAGUCGCAAAGGCUGAUGGCGGGGUCCCAGUCAUUGUCAACAAGGUUUGUCCGGGUCUUGUUUAUUCGGACAUCGGGCGAUCAAUAUCCAAGAUCUCAUGGACAAUGAAGUUGUUUGUGGCAUUUUACCUCAGCACGCUCGGCAAGUCGACCGACUACGGUUCCAGGUUAUAUCUCUCGGCAGCACGUACGCUUCCACAUGAGCACGGGAAAUUCCUAGUAUCAUUAUAUACAGAUGAUGAGUACGAGAAACUAGCUGAGCCCAACCUCAAAAGCGAAACUGCAUUAAGGGUGCGGGAACUCGUCUGGGGCGAAAUCCUUGACGAGCUCAAAGCACAUGUUCCGAGCUUGAGGGAAAUUCGAUAUCUAUGA